GUCUGAGAAGAUAGACGUAUUGAUGGACUUUCGGACGCAUUUUAUCGUUUAACCCUUGGACGUGGACAUCCAGAACAUUGGAGCAAGAGCAAGCGGUGUACUCGUGUUUUCGUUUUGCCGUACAUCGUUUCUUUUAGAGAUUUAUACGGUGAACUAGUUGAUAAAUUGAAAUAACUCCUGGCAGAUUUCAAACCGGAAAUAAAUUGCAAGUGAUAUUUUGCGGUAUUGUAGUAAAAUAUUCUCAAUCCUGUGCGAAAGUUUUCCGUGUUAUCAAUCAGUUGAUACAUUUCAAAAGUGCUUUUCAACUUAUUGCAAACAACUCAGAGGCAAAGUGUCCAUCCCUGUGGCUGCAUUGAAGUUUAAACCAUUGGAAAUGUGAUGAAACGGCCGAUUCAACGAUAGUGAGGUAUGCCUACAAGGGAAACAGAGAAAGCCAAGAAGAAACAGUACCCGACCAUGUCCCAACGUAUGAGGUGAUAAAUCAUCAAAGAAUAAAGUAAAACAACGUGUUAAGUGUGUGAAAAUAAAACCCCAUCGACCAAGCAUUUAACAACAGUGGCCGAACUAGCAAAAGAGCUCAAAACACGAGUGAUUGAAUAUUUACAUUUCAAAAAGAAAUGAAAAAUUGAGUGUCAUCCAACCUGCGUUGCGACUACGUAGAAAUCUUGGAGAGAAAGUGUCCAAAGUCCCUCGGAGGCAAAAGUGCACGACAGGAGGGAAAUUCAAGACCAGUCCUGUGUAGUGUUGAUACUUAGUGUUGCCACAAGUGGGCGUACUUCGACAGUGCGAGUUCACGAUUUGCAUUUUUUUUCGAUCGACCGACAGACCAACAGAUACGGAUUGCAAGAUGAAGCUGUACUUUGUGAUAAUUGCCCUGCUGGCGUUACAUCACAGUGUAGAAGCGAAAAACAAUACCUCCGAGAUAACGACGACCAACAGUAGUGCAACCAACCCGGAGAAGACCGAGGAAGCUAAAGGGAAUGCUACUGAGACGACCACCAACCUAGAUGUUCGCGGAAGGCGAAAUUUGGAGUUGGGAACCCACACCGGCUACAACUACUAUCAAACAGUGCCAUUCCGGGCGGACCGUCGAAUCUCGAAUGCCUAUCCAGAUCCCGGUCCCUACUAUCAUACCAGCAACUAUGUAUCCCAUCCACAGGCAUUAGUAGGCCCGUCGCCUUCAAAUCACUACCAUGGUUUCGAGAGUGACAUCUCAAACUCAGUUAGUAACUUCCAUUCAGGACCAUCAGCUCCGCACCCUCACCAUCAACCAGUAUACCUAGAGGCACCAGAACCAAUCAUCGAAAUAAUUAUCAAGGAGAGUAACGAGUCCAAUGCCUUCGACUAUGAGCAACCUUCUAGUUCUAUUCCGAAGAAAAAAGAAGAAGUUCAAGUUUUCUAUGUGAAAUAUCACAAGGAUGAAAAAAAUGGAAUUGUUCUGGACACCCCGGUGCCUGCUAUAAAGCCAAUACCCGAUGAGACGGAAGAGAAAGAAAUACCUAGCCCCCUACACGAAGAACCGAUUGUAGUUACUCCACACCCGCCCCAGAAGACGACGACCUUGAGAGCUAUCAUUAAUCCGGAUUCUGAAAAGUAUCACAGCAACAGCGGAAUUCGCAUAUCCUUCGGUGUGGAAGAUAAGCAUCAGAGUGGUCACCAGAUAUCUGAAACUGAAAGUGAGAGUGUGGCACAACCUGUUGUAGCACUACCUCAAGGUCAACAGAAUCCAAGGUCUCAACAGCAAUUUCAGCAGCAUCCCCAGCAAACGCAGGUACUUUCCCCUCCGCAACACCAAACUAAUCAUCAUCACCAUAACCAUCACGCUAGUCAACACAAAGCGGAUCAAUUUUACCAACAACAUCAACAGUUUGUUCAACAAAGAUCGUUUCCAACGGCGGCACCUUUCGCUCCGCAGCCACAAUACCUUCAGCAGCCACCACAGCAUCAGCAGCCACAACAGCAUCAGCAGCCACCACAACAUCAUCAAUCACCACAGCAUCAGCAAAACUAUAUACAAAACUACGUCGCAUCAACACCAGCCCCACAAUAUCGCACCCAGUCUCAGUAUCAAUUUCAACAAUUCCAAGGACCUCCACAUCGUUUCCAACAGUUUGAUCAAGGCCGAAACUUCAUUCAACAACCACCACAGCAGCAGUUUCGAGCACCACAUGCCCAGUCGCAACAAUUUGUGCAACAACCACCAGUUCGGCAGCAACCAGCGCAACAGCAGCAACAACUGCCAAUCCCGCAAUACAUACCGCAACCUCAACCUCAACCACCUCGUCAACCAUCUCCAGAGUUUCAACAGCAAUCUCAACCCAAACCCAUACCUAUUCCACUGCACAACAUAAACAAUCAGCCUCCACUGAGACAACAAUACACUCAACCUGCACAGCAAACGCAAUUCAACCAACCCUUCAACAACUUUUACAAACACCAACAAACUCAGCUUGUACCAAAACCGGCCAAUCACAACUUUGCACCAACUCCAUUACCACAAACAUUACCUCCAUACCAGCCACAGCAACAGCAAGCUAGAUUUCCAGAAAAUAAUCGCCCAACUGUAAACCGCGGCAACUUUGUUGAUUAUGUCCCUCCUGUUCAGGGAGGACUUGUCCAGCAAGCUGCUCCAAAUCUAGGAACCACACGAACACCUGAAUAUCAAACAACCGCAGCUGGCCAUCAGAAUCACAUUCAAAAUAUCCUGCCCAUCAAUGGAGAAGUAGUUGCAAGCGUUCCCAAAUACGAAACUCACAUUACCGAGCACAUCAAUGAUGACAACCAGCGAAAGCAGCCACAAAUUCUGAGUACCGUACAACAAAACGAACAAUUCGCUCGAGGACCCGCGUACAAGAUUCUCCCCUCUCAGGAGCUUAUAAGUCAUUCAGUAGCUCCCCAAGUUGAGAACUACUCACAGCGGAAUUUUGUUCAACCUCUACCAACCCCCCAGCAAUAUGUCAGUAAUGCUGCUCCCCAAAUCAUCCCUAACUCAGAACCUAUCCAUCACACCGUUCGACUUGCCACCAAAGCCGCUCAAUUAAUCAAUGUCUCACCCCGUAACAAUUACCAGUUGCAAUCACAACAACAAAGACCACAGCAAACACAACCAGCACAAGCGCAACAGCCGCAUAAAUCAUUUGUCUGGAACGGUGGUCCAACGCGACCAGCUGCCCCUGGUUUACCCCAAAAUUUCCAAACAACUCCGCAGAAUCAACUAGUGCAACCGCAGCAACAGCAACAGCACCAACAAACCCACCCACAGCACAACAAUUUCCAGUCGCAAACUCCCCCACCAUUCGGAACUCGCACGUCGGUUGCAUCACAGCAGACCCCAAUCCAACCGUCAACCCAACGAAGCACAACCACUCAAAGUCCCGCUACGACCACCCAUGCAGUAAAAGCACCACAACAAUCUGAAAACACUGACAAGAAACAGAAAGCCCUGUUAGACCUUCCGGAUGAAGUGCCUGAUGACAUCCGUCAGCAUCUGUUAUCUUCCGGAAUUCUUGAAAACGCUGAUAUAAGCGUUCUAGAUUACGAUAAAUUAGGAGAAACUGCUCUAGAGAACCUACCUCCGGAACACCUAGCUAAUUUCUUCAGUUCUGGUGGAGCGUCACAGUUGGCCAGCUCUAGUAACGUUGUUUCGGUGGUGAAACCUAACGGGGAUAAAGUGGCAGAAAAAUUCAUAAGCAAAAAUUACGACGUCAAAGAUAAGAGAACGAAAUAUGUUAUCGAAGGUCAAUCGGAGAACGAACAACAGAACCAACAUGAACCGACACUGGUGACAAUGCCUGAAAAACAAAACGUUGACUUAAAGGUGGUUAGAUUCGAUUCUUCUAAUCAGAAGAACGUUACCGAUCGGUACAUUAAGCAAGACUCUACCGUCCUACCGUCGGUUGGUAUUCAGGCAAGUUCCGAAAGUGGAGAAACCGCAUACAACCGGUAUCUUCCGCUAAAGAUCAACGGCGCACAAUUUCCGAUUCCGGAUGCACCUGAGCUGAGGGGUAGAAAAAUUUCUAGCGUCGUUGUGCUUGCUCCGGUCGAUACCAUGGGAUUGAAUAACAGCUUUGUAAUAAAUACUGAGGUCGAACGGGACGGUAAGAAUUCAGAAGAACAAUCACGGUUCGAAAGGGACGCAAUGCUGGAUACGCAGAAAAUAAAAUUCAUCGCUGAUGAGGCCUUGAAGCAGCUCAUUAAGAAACCGUCUACAGAGAACUUCAAGCGGUGGCUCGAGCGGGAAGGCAAAACAGAUGUAGAUCUCCAAAGCGUUGUCUUAUUAGUUACCAAAAACGAAAACGACGACCAGGAAAUCUUCAUGUAUGACAUUGCCACCAAGGGCGUAACGCACCUGAAUGGCGAGCUGUCACUAGCCUUCGUCAAAGUAGCUGAAGAAAACGCGAAUACUCACAAUCUUGAUGAAAUGCCCAUCGUCGACAGUGGAAUAGUAGAACAAAUGGAAACGGCUGAAGACUCUAAACAGCAGAUCAGCACCGAUUACAACGAUUACAACACUGAAAGAGACUAUGAUCUUUAUCGCCAUGGCCCUAGUGAUUCUGCAUCCCUGGAAGACGAAGACACCCAGCCAGAACCUUCGGAACAUAAGCCAAUCUACGUGUAUCCAAUUAAUAGCAAAUAUCGCAGAAUACAGAUCAAUUCGGGCUACAGUAGUAUCAAAAAUUAAAAAAAAAACGUCGAAAGUGUGUACGGAUAUGUGAGUGUGUGCGCAAAAUUGGGAGUCAAGUGUGAAAUGGAUCAAGUCUUAUGAAUAGUUCAAAUUUCCUCUAAUAAUGCCAGAAUGUGUAGAAUGCUUGAGUUGAUUUAGCAUUUUUUUCCUAAAUGAUUUCGACAAGCUUACCAUAUACCAACAUCGCUCAGCGAAAUUCCAUAUAUAGAACUAGUUUUGAUACAGGAUAUUUUUUCUUCUUUAAUUGUAGUAUGCUUUUUGUAGGUUCUCGCAAAAAAAAAUCCUGUAAAUAAUGAAAAUCUUGUCUUCCUAGUAUAAAAAAUAGCACUUGCUUUCGGUAGACAGACCAUAUCAAAUAUCGUACAUCAAUUGUCGAAAGGGAUGAGACGUAUUUAGUACACAGCUUCACCAGUUAUACCGAAUAUGAGGAGUUUCAAACUCAUCUGUUUAGCGAUAUACAUGAAGUGACCAAUAAAGUCAAUAGAUCGUAGUUCGAAAUAGCGAUGAAAUGCGCAGUAUUUCUAUGCAAUUGCUGAAAAAAGAAGAAAAAAAUUGCGACAGCUCAAUUAUUUUUUCAUGUCAAAAUUUCUUGAUAAAUUUUUUAUACAUGGAAAGGAAUUGAAAAUAAGGAACGUUAAUGAUAAACUAAUUUAUAUUGUAUAAUAAUACUAUACCGGUAAAUUUGUUUUAGAUACAUGAUGAAUUUCAAAAUUCGUGUUAUAAAUUAUUGUUUCUGUCUAAAUUUCUCUGUUGAAUAGAUCUGUUGCAGCUGGCAUUUUUUCUCUGAAAAUAAAUGUACAUUAUGACAAAAUUGAAAGUAGCAUUUAGUUCUUGAAUUGCAACGGACAGAA